AUCAACAUGCUUUGUACUGGUGUCUUCCUCUUGCUACUGCCUAUAUGCUGCCUCAACACAGUAUCUGCUGGGAAGGUUUUAGCUUGGCCAACAGAUGCAAGUCAUUUCUUAAAUCAGAGAAUGAUUUUGGAGGAACUGGCACGUAAAGGACAUGAUGUGACUGUGUUAGUCCACUCAGCAUUUAUGAUUAUGGGCGUUGAAAAUAUCUCAUCUUUGAAAUUUGAAAAUUUCUCUGUUCCAUUUACAAGAGAGAAGAAUGAAAAGUUUUUGGAUGGGUUUUUGGCAUUUUGGAUUUAUGAUUUACCAAAAAUGUCUUAUUGGAAUAUCUAUGAAAAGACUAAGAAGUUUAUGGCAGAACUGCUGAAACAAGAAGAACAAAUAUGUAACGGUGUAGUAAAGAACGAAUCACUGUUAAAACAACUGAAAGAGAAUAAGUUCGACGUUUUGGUUUCUGACCCAAUGGUACCGUGUGGUGAACUUAUUGCUGAGCUCCUUGGAGUGCCUUUUGUCUACUCCAUUAGGUUUUCAAUGGGUAACUCAAUGGAAAGACUAUGUGGUAAACUCCCAGCUCCAUUUUCCUAUGUUCCUGGCUCUAUGGUGGAGCUCACUGACAAUCUGUCUUUUGCGGAAAGACUAAAAAAUUUGAACUUUUACAUAUUUCAAGAUAUCUUAUUCCAUAUACUCUUUUCAGAACAAUGGGAUGGGUACUACAGUGAGGCAUUAGACGGUAGCCAUUUUAUUAAUCUAAACACCAUCCUCGAGAAGCUUGCGCACAAAGGCCAUGAGGUUACUGUGCUGGUUCAUUCAGCCUACAUGAUCACGGACACCAAUAAAACUUCGGCUUUACGGUUUGAGGUGUUUCCAGUUUCAUUUGACAAAGAGAAGAAUGAAGCGCUUCUGGAGGAAUUCCUUCGCAUAUGGAUUUAUGAACUGCCUAACAUGUCGUAUUGGGACUUCUUUACACGAAUGAAUAAGGCCUUGGCGGACUCUGAGGAACUGGAACGCCUUGUGUGUGACGGUAUUAUAAAGAACAAGGUACUACUGAAUAAGCUACACGAGGAAAAGUUUGACAUCCUGGUGGCGGAUCCCUUGGCUCCCUGUGGCGAACUUAUUGCUGAGAUCAUUGGAGUCCCAUUUGUCUAUUCCUUUAGGUUCUCAAUGGGCAAUGUCAUGGAGAGACACUGUGGUCACAUCCCAACACCAUAUUCUUAUGUGCCCGGUACAAUGACUCAGCUGACCGAUAAAAUGUCUUUUGUUGAAAGAUUAAAAAAUGCAGUUUUCUAUUUAUCUCAAGAUGCCAUAUUUUAUUUUGUCGUUUUACCGUCCUGGAAUCAAUAUUACAGCGAGGUAUUAGGUCGGCCAACAACAUUGUGUGAAAUUAUGGGGAAAGCUGAAAUUUGGCUCAUUCGGACAUACUGGGAUUUUGAGUACCCACGACCAUUCCUUCCGAACUUUGAGUUUGUAGGAGGCCUGCACUGUAAACCACCAAAGCCUUUGCCAGAGGAUAUGGAAAAGAUUGUACAAAGCUCAGGAGAACAUGGCAUCAUUGUAUUCUCGCUUGGCUCUAUGGUGAAAAACCUGACAGAUGAAAGAAGUAACGUGAUUGCUAGCGCCCUGAGCCAGUUGCCGCAGAAGGUAAUCUGGAGAUACAGUGGAAAAAGACCAGCUACAUUAGGGGAGAACACAAUCUUGUAUGACUGGAUACCUCAGAAUGAUCUCUUGGGCCAUCCAAAGACCAAAGCUUUCAUUACACAUGGAGGAACUAAUGGAAUUUAUGAAGCCAUCUAUCAUGGAGUGCCUAUGGUUGGAAUUCCACUAUUUGCUGAUCAGCCAGAUAAUAUCAUUCAUAUGAAGACCAAAGGCAUGGCGGUAAUGCUAGAUAUCAACAAGAUGCAGAGCCAAGAAUUAGUGGAUGCAGUAAAUACUGUUAUUAGCAAUCCAAGUUAUAAAGAAAAUGCCGUGAGGAUAUCUCAGAUACAUCAUGACCAGCCACUUAAACCACUAGAUAGAGCUGUUUUCUGGAUAGAGUUUGUCAUGCGUCACAAAGGAGCAAAGCACCUGCGUCCAGCAUCCCAUGAUCUAUCCUGGUACCAGUACCACUGCCUAGAUGUCAUCGGUUUCCUGCUCAUUUGCCUAUUCCUUAUUCUCUACAUUAUCAUAAAAAUCUUCUCAUUUUGCUGCAGAACUUGCCGUCCAGCCAGGAGGAAGCAGAAGAAACAUUAGCAGAAUUAAUUUACUCCAGUGGGAUACUGGUGCCAUCUAUGAUUACAAUCAUUUUCCUACCAAAGGCAUCACAUAAUUGCCCCUUUACUGCAUAAAGAUGUGAACCAGAGUAUUUCAUACUCUACUCCUGAAAGAUUGAUUGAAGAUGUAGACCUGAAACUCCAGCUCUAAUGGUCCAGUGACCUCAUGACAACAAUAAGGGUCCAUUCACACGUCCGUUGUUUCUUUCCUGAUCUGUUCCGUUUUUUGCGGAACAGAUCUGGACCAGAUCUGGACCCAUUCAUUUUCAA